AUGCCAAACCCAAUCAAAGACCUUUACAAAAAAGAUGAUGAAUCUUUCGAAUAUUUGUAUGAAGAAAAUGUAACGGUGCCUCUAAAGGGUGACAAAGGACUUGUGAGGGUCAACGUUUAUCGCCCGAAGACGAAAGGGAUGAGGCAUCCUGUUCUGGUGACAUAUGGACCGUAUGGCAAAGACAUCCACUACAGCCACUUCCAUGCCAAUUCUUACAACGAAGUUCCACAAGAACAUCACUCGCCUCAUUCAGCCUGGGAGACGCCUGACCCUGGCUUCUGGACGAACCAUGGCUACGCUGUUGUGAGAGCGGAUGAGCGAGGGUGUGGUCAGUCUCCCGGCAUCCUUGAUACCAUGUCAAGGGGCACCUCUGAAGCGUACUUUGACGUGGUCGAAUGGGCCGCCAGUCAAUUGUGGUCAAAUGGGAAGGUGGGACUACUUGGGAUUAGCUACUACGCCGGCAGUCAAUGGAGGGUCGCGGCACGCCAGCCAAAAGGUCUUGCCUGCAUAAUUCCGUGGGAAGGAAUGUCCGACUAUUACAGAGAUCGGUGCAGGCACGGCGGUAUCUUGUCAAACACGUUUAUAACAUGGUGGUGGAAUCGCCAGGUUGUGACCAAUCAAUAUGGACGUCCUGGCAGAGCUGCCCGGAAAUGGGGGUUCGAUACGAUCGAAGGUGACUUGCCUGAGGAGGAACUAAUUUCAAAUCGUCGGGACCAGACAGCCGAUAACGCCAAAUAUCGUUUCCGCGAUCAGGACUACUAUGCUUCAAAGGAAUACGAUAUGAAUGACAUCAAAGUCCCGGUGCUCUCCGUGGCAAACUGGGGAGGCAUCUUGUUACAUCUGCGGGGCAAUGUUGAGGGCUACUUGCAUGCAGGAUCCAAACACAAAUACCUCAGAUUUAUCACCGGCAGGCACGAUUUACCAUUUUACACGAAGGAGCUUGUGCACAUGCAGAAGACCUUCCUAGAUGCUUUUCUGAAGGACCAGGACACCGAAGGAUGGAAGAGUGGUCAGGCGCCCCGUGUUGGGUUUGCUUUGAGAAAGGGAAACAUUGGGUACAAUGAUCCCGAAGCAGAGAAGCAGUAUGCGUUUCGGUAUGAGAAUGAGUGGCCAAUCAAGCGUACAGAGUACACCAAAUUCUACCUCACCUCCUCCCAUGGCCUUACCGAGAAACCGGGACAAGUAAACAAGGAAUCGACAGUGUCUUACAAAGCGCCAGCAAGCCUGAAAAACCCCGAGUACGUCCACUUCACCACGGAACCAUUCAAGCAAGAGACAGAAAUCACGGGGCAUAUAGUGGCACAUCUCAAUGUGUCGGCCUCAGCCAUGCCGGAUUCCAAGACAUCGCCUUCCGAGAUUGAUCUAUUCGUGACUCUAAGGCAUCUGGAUGAAAACGGAAGCGAGACAUUCUACACUGGAACCAUUGGGGAUCCCGUUCCCGUGACAAAGGGGUGGCUCCGAGUGAGUCUGCGCAGAACAGCCGACAAUCACCCGCGCAAUCAGCCUUGGCACCCCCACCGGGAAUAUCUCUCCACGGAUGUUCAGCCAGUCGUUCCGGGAGAGGUGUACGCUGUGGACGUCGAGAUCUGGCCGACCAAUGUCGUGGUGUCUCCCGGUAAUAGAUUGGUACUGGAGUUGUCAUCGGGGGACACGCAGGGGGCAGGACUCUUUGAACACAACUCCGAGAUCGAUCGUCCCUCGGAUGUUUUGGAGGGUUUUAACCAUGUCCAUUUCGGGCCAAAUGUUGACAACUGGGUCGUCAUACCUGUGAUUCCGACCUAG